GUUCGCCACAACCCAGAAGAAGGAACGCGGUGUGUCAGACGUAUCAGAAGAAUAGAGAAAACCAUCGAAAACCAUAGACUGUAAGACUUAUCAAUCGAAGGAAAUAUGGCGGCGAGUGGCGCCGAUACUAAGGAGAUGUCGAGAUCUUCCCCCGACUCGGGUAGACGGAGGCCGAGUUCGGAGACCUCGAAGUCAAAACACCACAACUCAAGAUCCAGGUCACGUUCAAGAGAGAGAAAGCACAAGUCCGGUGAUAAAAAGCACAGAAGAAGCCGGAGCAGGAGCAAAGAGGCUCGAAGGAGGGACUCGGAGAAGUCGUCCAAGUCGCACAGCCGUCUGGAAGAUGCUCAUUCGCACGACGAGCGGGGCAGAGAGAGGUUGGCGGAGGAGAACAGCGGUGAAGAGCGCCACAGACGCAAGGACAAGAAGUCCUCCAGAGGAAGGAGCUACUCCAGGUCACGGUCACGGGACAGGCGUCAUCGCAGCAGAAGCCGAGACAAGAGGCGCUCUCGCUCGCGCAGCCGAGAUCGCCGGUCCAAAAGCCGGGAGAAGAAGAGGCGAAACCGGUCCCGCUCACGCUCUAGGUCCAAACACAGGCACCGCAGCAGGAGCCGCAGCAAGAGCAGGGAAAGGAAGAAAAGAACAGAGAAAGCCAGGCGAAAAAGCCGGAGUCGCACCCCGAGUCCCCCCGCCUUCCGCGGCCGCAACACAGCCAUGGACGCACAGGAGGCGCUGGCAAGAAGGUGCGCUAAUCUCGCAGGUCACUCUGCCCUGACGCCAGGGGUUCCAGUCUGUCACAUGAUGGGAAUCGCUGACACUCCGCAGAGCAUCACAGCAAAUGCAAUUUAUAGGUUAGAGAGAGCGAAGAAGCUUCAGGAACAGAAAGAGAAGGAGUUACAAGACAAGCAACAGAAGCCACAGUCGCAGAAGGCAGAGAUUGUUGUGCCUAAGCCACAGCCACCAGUGGAAGCAGCCAAAGCCGUUGCUGCAGCUUCCUCCAUGCCGCCUCCCCUCCUGUGUGAUGCCGUUGCUGCAGCCGCAUCCGCUGCCGCAGCUGCCGCUGCCGCCGCCGCCGCCAACCCCGUGCUGAACGUGGCGGCACUCCUGGCCUCGGGCACGCAGGUCACGCCACAGAUCGCCAUGGCUGCGCAGAUGGCCGCCCUGCAGGCCAAGACGUUGGCAGAGACGGGCAUCUCCGUGCCCAGCUACUACAACCCCUCGGCGGUCAACCCCAUGAGGUUCGCAGAGCAGGAGAAGAAGAGGAAGCUGCUCUGGAAGGGCAAGACUGAAGGGGACAACAAGUCGCAGAAGUCGCAGACAGCUGAACUCUGGGAGAAACUGAAUUUUGGCAACAAGGACCAAAAUGUGAAAUUCCGCAAGCUUAUGGGCAUCAAAGGUGAGGAGGAGGCUGGAGCGUCCACGUCGCUGGACGAGGAAGGCCUAAAGACCCUUCAGCAGCAGGAGGAGAUGUUCCGCAACCUGGACGUCCAGUAUGAGAUGGCCCGCUCGCAGACGCACACCCAGAGAGGCAUGGGACUGGGCUUCGGCUUCUCAUCGCGGGGAAUGGACGCCCUUUGACCUCUCACCUGACCUCACCUCAGCUUGUGACCUCCACAGCUCGUUGCUCUCGCCCAUCUGUGUUACCAGCUUUUGUCACUGAUAGACUUUUGGUGUGUGUUCAUAUUGGAGCUGGAAGCAUGGGCUGUUAAAACUUGCAUGGAUGUUGGUUGCGACCUGUAAUUUAAUGUAGGAAACAAUCUCAUUUGUGGAGAAAAUCUCGUGUAAAUACUUAGAGGCUUUUUAGAGGGGCAGAGCUUCAUCCUGUAUCAUCAGAAGGAGUGCUAUGAAUUAUGCCGUGAUGCAGUAGGGCACUGAAGAGCUUUUAGGUGGGAUCUAGAACAUGUGACUGCUUCAUUAUUGUUUUUGUUUUUUUUGGUUUUGUUUUGUUUUUUUUACUAUCAACUUGUAUAUAUGUAUCAGAGGGGAUUGAAGGAAAGGAACACUCAACCUAGAUACCCAAGAGGCAUUCAGUUGUUUGCAUUCAGUGAUCACUCAGAAACUAGAUUAAAUCAUGGGUGUAAUAUGCUUCCCUUGAGGAUAAAACUGACUGCCUAAUUCAACACGCAACACACAUGUCCAAAAUAAUAAAAGGUAUGAUAUUAAUAAAAUGUCUUGUUUUUAAUUCGUUGUAUGAUAAGGCAAUUAGGUUCGAGGAGAAAACACUAUGGAAAUAUCUACCGUAUGCUUGCUCACGUCUCUGCUUACACCACACAAAACAAUUCAGUAAAAAGACUUUCCCAGUGUUUGUUAAUAUUACCGACACGUGAUCAGUCACUGGUGGAAUGUUAAAUCUAAGAACGUACUGUAGGUUGCGCAAGUGAGACAACAAAUACGUAAGUGGGAUGCUGCCCAGCAUGCCUUCACUGUGGCAUUGUUUCGAUAAGUGUGUGCAAUGUCAACAUUCCCAGUGUUGCAUUUGUUUUUCAACAAAAUACUGCAUUGAUGAUGGUAGAGCCUGACUGCCAUGCAAUGCCUUAUUCAGCAAAUGCCAAGGUUUAUACUCUGUUGUGGGC